CUGUCAUGGUUUUCCUCUCCAGAGGGUAGCCGCUACGCCUUACCGACUGCGUUUCAGUGCUGUCCCACUGCUCCUGCACACCCCACGCCUGCGACCCUACCCACCACGGACAGGCGCCUGCGAGCUGGAAGCCAGUUCUCUGCGUCCUGAGCCUGGCAGCUGCAUCUGAACACUCGGAGCCUGGCGAUGGCUUCCAGAAACCCCUGCGCCGUGGGUCGCUUCAGUGAAGGGGCCUGUACUUCGGCGACCCAGACUCCGGGCUGAGAGGCCUCCUAAUCCAACCAGGAGGACCAGGAGAGGCCCCAAAGGGGACACAGGGCAGUGACCGCCAGGCUUGGAGAGGAGCCGCUCCUGGCAAAGCCAGCGCCCGAUUUCUGAACGCCGCCUCCGUUCGGGACUACACUUCCCAGGGGCUAUUGCGGCGGAGGACACGCCCACUUCCGGAAAGGACCCAAAGCCGGGCGAGUGCACGUCCCGCCGGUUGCUGAGGAGAAGGGAGGUCUGGGCGGGGCAGCGGCCGAGGCUGGACUGGGGCGCGGCGGGGGCGGUGUCCUGGUUCCUGUGUGGGCGGCGGGCGUGAGCGUGCGCGUGUGGCCUGGUGGCUGUGAGUGCCCAUACAUAGUGAGCGUGCGGUGCUGCGCUGAGGAGGGGCGAGCGCGCGCGGGGAUGGCGGCCCGGUGUGUGACUGUCCGGUGUGUGGCCGCGAAUCUGCGCCUGCGUGCAUGUCCCGGCGGCGUGCGGAAGGCGGUGUGUGUUGGAAUGAGUGAAGCACUUUAAGUGGCCAAGAGCAGGAAACCCGGCCGGAGGAGGCUUACCCCGUUCUCCCCUGUAUCGACUGCGUAGAGCCCAGUGUGGGCAAAGUCCUAGAGCCCGGGGAAGUUGCCCGGGCGGGGCAGCCUCGGCUGAAGCAUUUCCUGUCAGCCCUAUCUGGAAGGGGCAGAGCCCAGGACAGGGCUCCAUGUCCACAGGACAGCGAGGAGCGAAGACCAUGGGGACUGAGUACACAGAUGAAGACACAGAAGCAUAGAGAGGAUAAGUAAUCACUAGCAAGUGGAAGAACCGGGAUUCAGAUCCAGAACAGGCUGACUCCAGAGUCACUGGCUGUCAUGUAGUCUCCUCAACUACUGCCUCAGGAAACAUGGCUCAGUGGAGUCAAGGGACUGCUUCAACACUGUAGUUUGUCACAAAAGAAAAUGAGAUCCUGGGCCUCAUGAGGAUUUUUUCAUUUGGUUGUCUGCAAGUCACAUGGACUCUGUUGUAACGAAAGGAAUGCCUCUCUCUGGAAAAGAUGGAAUUCUCCACGGAAUUUGUCUUAUAGAAUCUUCACAAAUCCUGGCCAACUGCACAGAGGACUUAUUUUCUGUUAUUUUCUGCUCUACAAUCCCAGAGUAAAGCUCUUCUCCAAAUGAAGAGCCAGGAAGAGGUAGAGGUGGCAGGAAUUAAACUUUGUAAAGCCAUGUCCCUGGGUUCAGUGACUUUCACAGAUGUGGCCAUAGACUUUUCCCAAGAUGAAUGGGAGUGGCUGAAUCUUGCUCAGAGAAGUUUGUACAAGAAGGUGAUGUUAGAAAACUACAGGAACCUAGUUUCAGUGGGUCUUUGCAUUUCUAAACCAGUUGUGAUCUCCUUACUGGAGCAAGAGAAAGACCCUUGGGUGAUAAAAGGAGGGAUGAACAGAGGCCUGUGCCCAGACUUGGAGUGUGUGUGGGUGACCAAAUCAUUAUCUUUAAACCAGGAUAUUUAUGAAGAAAAAUUACCCCCGGCAAUAAUAAUGGAAAGACUUAAAAGCUAUGACCUUGAAUGUUCAACAUUAGGGAAAAACUGGAAAUGUGAAGACUUGUUUGAGAGGGAGCUUGUAAACCAGAAGACACAUUUUAGGCAAGAGACCAUCACUCAUAUAGAUACUCUUAUUGAAAAAAGAGAUCACUCUAACAAAUCUGGGAUAGUUUUUCAUCUGAAUACAUUAUCUUAUAUAAAACAGAUUUUUCCCAUGGAAGAGAGAGUAUUUAAUUUUCAUACAGAUAAGAAAAGCUUAAAAACACAUUCAGUUGUGAAAAAACACAAGCAAGACCGUGGAGAAAAGAAACUUUUAAAAUGUAAUGACUGUGAGAAAAUAUUCAGCAAAAUCUCAACCCUUACUCUUCACCAAAGAAUUCAUACAGGAGAGAAACCCUAUGCAUGUAUUGAAUGUGGAAAGGCCUUUAGCCAGAGUGCCCACCUUGCUCAACAUCAGAGAAUACACACAGGAGAAAAACCUUUUGAAUGUACUGAAUGUGGGAAAGCCUUCAGCCAGAAUGCUCAUCUUGUUCAACACCAGAGAGUUCAUACUGGAGAGAAACCUUAUCAGUGUAAGCAGUGUAAUAAAGCAUUCAGCCAGCUUGCACACCUUGCUCAACAUCAGAGGGUCCACACUGGAGAGAAACCCUAUGAAUGUAUUGAAUGUGGGAAGGCUUUUAGUGAUUGUUCAUCCCUAGCUCAUCAUCGAAGGAUUCACACUGGGAAAAGACCUUAUGAAUGUAUUGACUGUGGGAAAGCUUUCAGGCAGAAUGCUUCUCUUAUACGUCAUCGGCGAUAUUAUCAUACUGGAGAGAAACCCUUUGACUGUAUUGAUUGUGGGAAGGCUUUCACUGAUCACAUAGGACUUAUUCAGCAUAAGAGAAUUCAUACUGGAGAGAGACCUUACAAGUGUAAUGUGUGUGGGAAGGCUUUUAGCCAUGGCUCAUCUCUGACAGUACAUCAGAGAAUUCAUACAGGAGAGAAACCUUAUGAAUGUAAUAUCUGUGAGAAAGCCUUCAGCCAUCGUGGGUCUCUUACUCUUCAUCAGAGAGUUCAUACUGGAGAGAAACCCUAUGAAUGUAAAGAAUGUGGGAAAGCUUUCCGGCAGAGCACGCAUCUGGCUCAUCAUCAGAGAAUUCAUACUGGAGAGAAACCUUAUGAAUGUAAGGAAUGCAGCAAAACCUUCAGCCAGAAUGCACACCUCGCGCAACAUCAGAAAAUACACACUGGGGAGAAACCUUAUGAAUGUAAGGAAUGUGGUAAGGCCUUCAGUCAGAUUGCACACCUUGUUCAGCACCAGAGAGUUCAUACUGGUGAGAAGCCUUAUGAAUGUAUUGAAUGUGGGAAGGCCUUCAGUGAUGGCUCAUAUCUUGUUCAACAUCAGAGACUCCACACUGGCAAAAGACCGUAUGAAUGUCUUGAAUGUGGAAAGGCAUUCAGGCAGAGGGCAUCCUUGAUUUGUCAUCAGAGAUGUCAUACUGGUGAGAAACCUUAUGAAUGUAAUGUUUGUGGGAAAGCCUUUAGCCAUCGUAAAUCCCUUACUCUGCAUCAGAGAAUUCAUACAGGAGAGAAACCUUAUGAGUGUAAGGAAUGUAGCAAAGCCUUCAGCCAGGUUGCCCAUCUUACUCUACAUAAGAGAAUUCAUACUGGAGAAAGGCCCUAUGAGUGUAAAGAAUGUGGAAAAGCCUUCAGGCAGAGUGUACAUCUUGCUCAUCAUCAGCAAAUUCAUACUGGAGAGUCAUCAGUUAUUCUCUCCUCUGCCCUCCCAUACCACCAAGUCCUAUAGAUUCAAUCUCGUAAAUGCUUCUAGCAUCCAUCUGCUUUUUUCCAGCACAUGUCCCAUCAUCAUAGUCCAAGACGCAACCAUCUCAUCUGGAUUUCUGCAGUAGCAUAACUGUUGCCCCUUUUGCUCCUAUCAACUACAUGUUUAACACUGUAGGCAGCCUAACCUUUUAAAAAUAAAAAUACAUAUUUAUGUUA